CGCUUGAAUUUGAUUUUUGUGUGGUAUUGCAUAUUUGCUGUUCACCUCAAUCCGAUCCUGUUCCUUGCCACCUCUCCAAAAAGAAAUCUUUGACUUUUAAAUGUAUGUUUCUUGAAGUUAUAUUAUGUAUUGUCUAGAUGGCUCUUUAUGUCAGACGCCUCGGCGGUCUAAAUAAAUACUUGAUACUUGAAUAGUCGCGUGUCGCGUCAGUGUAUGACUGGUUGACUGGUGUAUGAUGUGUUUUAUAUAGUCAGCUGCGUGCUGCCUAACAUGUAUGCUGGCCAAGACCAACAUAAACAAAAAUGAACAAACAAAUAUGAAAAUGAAAGAUAAAUCCUUCAACUGAAAAUAUAUGAUUUUUUCUGUAUAUUUCACUAAAUUUGCUUCAAAAGGUAACCUUGACGAACUGUGUUCGUGCUGUAGGUCUGCCGGUAUGAAGUGAAAGUGAAGGUGAUUGUGAAAGCUUUGAAAUCGAUUAAAUUCGUAUACGACAUUUUUUUGAAGAUAACCCGUUGUCAGCGUCAUUGUUUCUGAAAGAUAAAACGUAUUAUCUAUUUUGCAACCGACUAUUGCUUCUAUAUAAUAAUAUCACGGCACAUAUUCGUAACUCGCGAACAAAAUGUCUUGCGCGGCAAAUUUGGCAGCCCAAAAGGCGCUUCUACCGCAAAAAAUUGAAGAGUGGUUAAAGUGGGAUAAGAACGAUAAAACAUGUGAGGAAUUAAGGAAACUUGCUGCCACUCCAGAUAACCAAAAGCUCCUUGAAAAUAUCAUGCUGAACAGAAUUGCAUUUGGAACAGCAGGUCUUCGAGGUAGAAUGUAUGUAGGCUACGCCUGCAUGAAUGAUCUAGUCAUUGUACAAACUGGACAGGGUUUCUUGAGAUACCUUGAGAAAAAGGAUAAAGAUUUACUACAGAAGAAAGGCAUGGUCAUAGGAUAUGAUGGAAGGCACAACAGUAAGCAUUGGGCCGAAUUAACUGCUGCCAUCUUUUUACAUGCUGGCUAUCCAGUUAAGCUGUUUGGUAUGGUAACGCCAACACCCUAUAUACCUUUUUCCAUAAGAAAGUACAAAUGUGCAGCUGGGAUUAUGGUUACUGCAUCUCAUAAUCCAAAAGAGGACAAUGGAUAUAAGGUAUAUGGACCAAAUAGUGCACAAAUCAUUCCACCUGCUGAUAAGGAAAUACAGCAGUCUAUAUUGGAAAACCUGGAACCCUGGCCCACAUCUUGGGAUAAAAGUAUUUUGAGCAAUAACUCAUUGCUUUCAGAUCCGUUAGGCCAAGUGACUUGCAACUACCUAGGCGUGAUUUUCAACGACAUCCUCCCAGAAUUCAAAGAGAUCAAUCUGAAACAGAAGCUGUUGAUCACACAUACCGCAAUGCAUGGCGUAGGUACCCCGUACGUCAAAAAAGUAUUCGACGGUAUUGGUAUUAUAUUCCAAACGGUGCCCGAACAGCAGGAUCCGGAUCCGGAGUUUUCCACCGUCAAGUUCCCGAACCCCGAAGAGGGAAAGAGCAGCUUAGAUCUGGCGUUCAGAACAGCGGAUCAACAGGGCAGCGUGGUUAUUUUAGCGAACGAUCCGGAUGCUGAUAGAUUGGCGUGUGCUGAGAAACAGAAGGACACCAACCAAUGGAAAGUGUUCACAGGUAACGAAUUAGGUGCUCUCUUGGGUUGGUGGAUGCUGUUCCAAUACAGGAAAAAGAAUCCAGGAAAAUCGUUAGAGAACGUUUACAUGGUUUGCAGUACAGUCAGUUCAAUGAUACUUCGUACUAUUGCAAAAGCAGAAGGAUUCCAUUUCAUUGAUACUCUUACUGGCUUCAAGUGGAUUGGAAACAAAGCAUUAGAGCUGCAGAGUGCAGGAAAGGAAGUCAUAUUUGGCUUUGAAGAAGCCAUUGGUUACAUGUGCUCCAUGGCCGUUGUGGACAAGGACGGUGUGUCCGCAGCAUAUCAGCUGGCCACAUGCGCCUCCUACUUGUAUAGUCAAGGCAAAACCAUCAACCAACAACUUCAGGAGAUUUACGAUAAAUAUGGUACUUUAUCCUUGAUGCUACAGCUCUUACUGAUCGACAUUUUUCUCCCAUUUGUUGCCCUAUUGGAGAUACUCACGGUAAACAGUAGCACCUGGCAAUUUUCUUCUGAACUAUGCUGGUUCUACAACGGCAGCGAAGUCUUCUUCAACACGUUAACUCUGUGGCUGACACUUUGCUUAAAUUUCCACGUGAUAUCGCUGUGGAAUCUCCAUAAUCGCAACAUUACCACGUAUGGAGUCAAGGAUGCAUCGAUUGCUUGUGAUGAGUCUAGCGAGUGCUUGGUUACUAACGAGCGUGGUGUAAGCAAUGAAACCUAUGAAGCAAGUACCAGCAAAGAAACUGCUAGUAGAGAGAUUAAUAUUGAUUAUAGAAAGAAAAAAAAGCGGAACGAUUUUUCCAUUAUAUUACCUUCAGCGAUGAUAUGGUUUUUUUGUUUUUCUCUCAGCAUACCGAGUUUUGUCUUAUCAGCUGUGUUGAAUUUCAAAGACGAGUCAAUUUGUGUAAUCAUUGAACAUACUUUUGGAGAUACCUUGCAAUGGGUACUUUUAGUGUUCAGGGUGUUCUUACCCAUGCCUUUAUUACUGCUUAGUGUUGUUAUUUUAGUUAUCAAAUUAGUAAAAUCCUCUAUAAGAGAUAAGGAAUCCUCUUCUUCCAAAGCUUCCUUUGACAUUAAACGACUGGUGAUAUUUAGUUUAGCCAUGUCAUUUUUAUACUUGAUAGCAUCUUUCCAAAGAAAUAUGUUCAACUGUGUACACAUAGGUUCGCAUGAUUUUCGUAAUAGCACAAUAGAGAAAUUUAAGUUACCACCAUUGUACAAUAGCAAUUUGAAUACUAUUUUUAUAGUUUCACUAUCAAUGUUUCAUUACAGCAGUUGUAUUACUAGAGCUUUAUUAUGUUUUUUUUAUUGCCAAAGUUCGGAAAAUUAGUAAUGCAGGUUUUUAUCUCGCGUAAAACUGGCAAAUAGAUUAUAUGUUAGAGUAAUAUUCUCCAAAUCACGAAAAAUCUUAAUUGGUGCCAGUAAAGUGAAAGUAAGUAGAUUUUCCAACGAAAUACUUGUAAUGUUACUUCCAAAAAACCCUGUGGUUACGUGCCUAAACCAUAUCCAUAUUGACUUGGACAAUAAAUGAAACCAACAAUGUUGACCAAUUUACUUCACUAACAUUUUUGCUACAAAUUUCUCCAUAUUUUGUAGUUUUAUUUUCCGAUUGGAGCAAUAUGGAGAUGAAUACAUAUACAGGGUGUCCAAUAAGUACCACGACAAACUUAAGGUGAAGGUAUGCUUUGGACAGACCUCCCAAUUAACAAAAACUUACCUAUAUUAACGUGUCACCGUUUUUGAGAUAUUGAUUUUUUUCUUAAAUCUUCAAAAAAAGAACCUUUUCAUCUGCGG